GCAGGGGGUGACGGAGUUGGAAGUGCAAUCGAGUUCGAGGGUGACGCCGAGGAGCGCCACGAGUCUCAGCCUGCCCCUGUUCGGGCUCGACGCGGGCCGAUGGAGCCUACUCAGGCAGAGCUCGAGCAACGCGAAGCGGCAGGUCACGCCCCCUUCCGGGACUGGUGCUACUUCUGCAUGGCUGGGCGCGGCCGUGCUGAUGGCCACCCAGCGGGCGCCCCUGGGAGAGCGCAUGCGAUACCUACGUUCGCGGUGGACUACGGGUACCUCGCGAAGCGGGAGGAGGUGGGGCCAGGCCAGUCAGCGCCCGCCAUCCUCGCCGCAUCGACUCAGCCAGUUCUCGCGUCAGCGCUGCAUGACGUCCUCCAGCCCAAGGGCACCCAGCACGAGUGCAACGUGGCCCGCGCCUUCAGUCAGGUGGAGGCGACCGGCCACCCGAAGAUCAUCUACAAGUCUGAUGGUGAAGGCGCCUUGGUGGCGCUCAAGCGAGAGGCGACGAUCCGCCUCAGGAACGCGAAGAUCGAGGUCGUGCCAGGGCAGGCGCCUGCCUACGACAGCGUUAGCAACGGCCUGGCGGAAGUGGCAGUCAGGGAGGUCAAGGGCGUCGCACGGUCUCCGAGGGUCGCCCUGUCCCUGCUGCAUGGCGCCGACAUCCCGAAUGACCAUCCAGUGUUGACCUGGCUGGUAGCCCACGCUGCAGGAUACAUCAACCGCGGCAGGAUCGGCGCCGAUGGCCGGACGCCGCACGAGAGGCACAAGGGCAUGGCCUUCCGCAAGGUGCUGCCGCCUUUCUGUGAGAAGACCGCGUUCCUCCCGAGUGCGAGGCGCGAGACCAAGUUCGAGGAGCGCUGGAAGAUCGGGGUCUUCCUGGGCGCCACCGAGAAGUCGAGCGAGAUGCUCGUUGGCAACGACCGCAGGAACGUUCGCAUCCCGACGGUCAUUGACGAGCCCCCCGUCGACCCCACUGUGCAGCAGCCGGGGGUCGUGCCAGAGCAGGUCCCGGCUGAACCUCGGAACGUCUACAUCCGCCGGAACGUGGAGCUGGCCAAGUCCGGUUUCACGGAUGGAUGCCAGGGCUGCCACGCGGCCCGCGCCAACGCAGCAGCGAAGGCCCACAGCCCGGAGCGCCGCGAGCGCAUCCAGCAGGCCACGGCGAACGACCCGGAGCUCGCGCCCAGCGUCCUCGGGGCAGCGGCUCGCCAGCUGGAGGCCGCUGACAGAGCGCCUGCGCGCCAAGAGGGCGCGGGCGCCGAGGCGCCCGCUCGCGCGGCCCGCGCGGCUGAGGCACCGAUGGAGAUCGAGCGACCUGGCCGACAGGCUGUCCCGCGUCGGGAUUCGCCUGCGGAGCUGCCGCAGGCAUCGAGGCGUCGCCUCGCGGCGCCAGGGAGCCCGGCACCCUGCGCGCCCGCGAUCAGCGGCGAGCAGCCGGGGACGCCAGCGCAGGCGCCGGCCACACUGCCGGCGCAGGCAGCUGGGCCGAGCGGGCUGCUGCAGGCGCCGCCUUGGGCUGGGGGCUCCAUGGACGCGGACUCGUUGGAGCUUUGCGCGCUGCUGGCGGCUUUCGGCGACUGGAGGGUGGCCGUCAGCGAGCAGCAUGGACCAGGGCGCUUCACGUCACGGUCGAGUGUUUUCGACCUCGAGCCCGGCACGGCCUACGACAUCAGGACUGGCUACGACUUCAGCCAGGAGGGCGACAGGCAGCGGGCGCAGGCCACGAUCGAGCUAGAGCAGCCGCUGCUGGUCACCGGCAGCCCGAUGCGCGCGCCGUGGUCGAACCUACAGGCCCUCGACGUGGUCCAGGGUGUGGACGUCAAUGCCAUCAUGGAGCGUGGCAUCGUCCACCUUGUCUUCUGCGCUGAGCGCUACAAGGAGCAGAUCAAGGCGGUCGCGCGCGGCCAGCUGGGUGCGCUGGGGGCCGGGCCGCACCUCGACGAGCCGCCGGUCUGGGACGCCUGUCCAGAGUACUACACAGAGAUCGUCGACAACAUCAGCGGGGCCGCCUUGGACCCCGAGCUUGCGGCAGCUGGCCGCAGGGAGGAGAUGGAGUUCCCGCGCGGCCUGGGCGCCUACGCGCACGACUCCAAGCAGCGCUGCCGCGAGCAAAUCGGGCGCGACCCGGCGCCCGUGGCCCGGGCGGACGUCAACAAGGGCGACGACCGCAAGCCCAACGUCCGCAACGGGCUGUGCGCGGCAGAGACACGUUACCGCACGAGCAUGGAUUUGGGGGACCCUUCGCAGACCUUCAGCGCGACACCCCCGCACGAGGCGCUCAGGAUGCUGAUCUCCUUCUGCUGCUCGCCAAGGAAUGCCGAGGAGGACCAGCAUGUCCUCAUGUUCCUGGACAUCACGAGGGCUCGCCCGCACUGCGAGAUGAAGCGGAAGCCGCGGGCGAAGCUGCCGCCGGAGGACCCCCGCUCAGCACACCCCGAUGCGCGUGGGUUGCUGGCCCGGUGCCUCUACGGCUGUCGCGACGCAGGCCAGAACUUCGAGUUGUUGGUUCGCGAGACGCUGGAGGGCAAGAUGGGCUUCUCUUGUGGCGUCUGGUGCCCCUGCAUCUACCGCAGAGGCGACGGCAAGCUCGCGGCCUACGUCUACGGCGACAACUUCGCGCUGGAGGGCUCCCGCCACGACAACCUGGAGUACUGCCGCGAGCUGCAGAAGCACAUGCGGGCCAAGCUCGAGGGCAUGUUGGGACCCAACAAAAGUGCUGGUGAUGUUAAGGAGGCUGCGUGCCUGAACCGCAUCUUCCGCUGGACCUCGAGAGGCGACGUCGAGCUCGAGGCGGGCUCUCGCCACGCGCGCGUCAUGUUGCAGCAGCUGGGCCUCUGGCGUGAGUCGAAUGCGCUCUCGACGGCAGGUGCGAAGCCCAAGAGUGCGGACCGUGGCAGGGCCCUGGAGGGCGGGGAGGCGACUCGCUAUCGCAGUCUGGUCAUGCCGGCCAGCUGCCUCAGCGAGGACCGCCCGGACAUCAAGUACGCCGUGAAGGAGGCGGCGAAGUGCGUGCGCGAGCCGUGUGAGCACGGCAUGGAGCUGGUCAAGAGUGACUUCGCGAGCUGCCUGGGGACCAGGAAGAGCACGAGCUGCGGCGUCUUCCAGCUAGGGGACCACAUGAUCAAGGUCUUCAGCGCGACGCAGGGCAGCGAGGCGCUCAGCUCUGGCGAAGCCGAUUGGCAUGCCCUGGUGCACACAGCGUCCUGUGGCGUCGGUCUGGUCUCGUUGGCACGCGACAUGGGCUAUGAGUUAGAGCUGUGCCUGGCUGGCGACGCGACAGCGGCCAGCGGGAUAGCUCACCGCCGUGGGGCGGGACGUAUCAGACACAUCGAGACGAAAACUCUGUGUUUCCAGCGCCAUGUGACCGAGCGCCGCGUCAUCAUCUCUAAGACGCUGGGCAAGGUCAACGUGGCAGACCUGGGCACCAAGCACCUGUCCCAGAAAGAGCUAGAUGAGAUGCUGGAGCUGCUGGGCUACUACGCGGCUACGGGCAAGUCUGGUCUCGCUCUCGCGGUCGCAGGCAACCUGCUUGAGCCUGAACCGGCUUGCGACCACGAGGGCGACGAGGAAGUGCAGGCGUAA